AAAGCCUCUUGAGAGCUGCCUGCACCAUGUCUGUCGAGCUUAGCCAGACGGAAAAGUCGAGCGCUGUGGUUGCGACUCAAGGAGAUGGCGAUGAUGCUGUCGUCGCCGUUGAAAGUAGCGCGGCCAAGAAGCGCCAGUCGCUGUCUGACAUCUUUACCAUUAUCGCGGCUGGUGCUGCUCUCAUUUCCGAUGGCUACCAGAACAACCUCAUGACAAUGUCCAACGUCCUCUUCAAGAAGGAGUAUCCUGCGCAAUACACUUCAACUGUCUCCACUCGCGUGUCAAAUUCGUUACUUGUCGGUGCCAUUCUCGGUCAAGUCUGCGUUGGUCUGACGUGCGACUAUCUUGGACGCAAGACUGCAAUCGUUGUAACAACGCUCCUCAUCGUCAUCGGCGGUAUUCUGGCCACUGCCGCCCAUGGAGUCACCAUUGACGGCAUGUUCUGGAUGUUGACUGUUGCGCGAGGCAUUGUUGGAUUUGGUGUUGGCGGCGAGUAUCCUGCUGCAAGCACAUCAUCUUCUGAAGCAGCCAACGAAAGAACUCUUGAUAAACGAGGACCAAUCUUUAUAUUAGUAACUAAUUUGCCACUUUCCUUUGGCGGCCCCUUGGCUGUUUCGAUCUUCCUCAUUGUGCUCUCUGCCGCUGGUGAGAACCAUCUGUCGACGGUGUGGCGAGUAUGCUUCGGUAUCGGCAUACUUCUCCCGCUCUCCGUCUUCUACUUCCGUCUCAAGAUGCUCAACUCCAAGCUCUAUCGCAAGAGCGCUAUCCAGCGCAAUGUGCCUUACGGUCUGGCUAUUCGAUACUACUGGAAGACCUUGAUUGGCACAUGUGGCGCCUGGUUCCUCUACGACUUUGUCACCUUUCCUAAUGGAGUCUUUUCCGGCACUAUUCUUUCUUCCGUGGUCGACCCUAAAGACAUACUACGGAGCACAGCAGAGUGGCAGUUACUGCUAGGAGCCAUUGCCCUGCCCGGUGUCUUUCUCGGCGCCUUUCUCUGUGAUCGACUGGGCAGGCGAAACGUGAUGAUGUUGGGGUUCAGUGGAUAUCUAGUGUUUGGGCUUAUUAUUGGCUGUGCCUACGAUAAAAUCACAAAAAUCACACCUCUCUUUGUGAUCAUGUAUGCGCUGAUGCAGAGUUCAGGAAAUCUCGGUCCUGGCGAUAUGUUAGGCUUGCUCUCUGCUGAAAGCUACGCAACAAGUGUCAGGGGAUCGUACUAUGGCCUAUCAGCGGCAAUCGGCAAGACAGGUGCAGCAAUUGGCGUACAAGCAUUCACGCCAAUCCAGAAUAAUUUGGGCAAGCGGUGGACAUUUAUUAUUGCUGCUAUCUGUGGUGUGGUGGGUGUUUUGGUCACCUACUUCUUUGUACCCAACGUGACGGGCGAGGAUCUCGCCGUGCGGGACGAAAAGUUUAGAGCUUACUUGCUAGAGCAUGGAUGGAGCGGCGAGAUGGGCGUUAAUGACGAAAAGGAAUUGGUUGUGGAAGAGGAUGAGGAGGUUGCUUCACCAAAUGGUGGAGAGAAGGGCGUCAAGGCAUAGGAGCACCGAGCUUGAGUAAUGCGGUUGAGAUACUGUGGUUACUUUCCUCGUAAUAAGGCUACCGUAAUAAAGACUGCUGCUUUCUUGGCUAUCGAU